AUGGUAACACAAUCGAAGGGUAAUAGCAAUGACGCUUUGAAGGUGGGAAGGCUGCUUGAAGCCAUUGAGUUUUACGGGGCUGCAGUCCAGGUUGCGACAAAAUUAGAAGAAGCCCAAGUCAUCAAAUUGAAUCGAUCGAUGGCCAAACUGAGGACUGGAUGUUUUGACAAAGCAACACUUGGAGGACCGGUGACAACCAAGAUGACAGAAGCUCGCGGUCAUGGUCUGUUCGCCAACCGAGACGUUGCUGCCCGUGACCCUCCACUAUGCGAAAAGGCUUGCUUCAGCAACGUACGCCGCAGCUUCAUUGGAGACUUGUUUAUUGUGCGUGCCACGCGCAACAUUGCAGCUGGGCAGGAGAUAUUGUUAUGGAACGCCUGGCCGAAAGCCGAUCCCAGCUACGAAUUGACACAGGAGAGGUUUCCAAACUGGGGCUUCCGCUGCGGCUGCGACACCUGCACACACGACCGGGAAACUUCGAACAAGAGAAAGAAGAAGCGUGCUGCUUUGUUGAAAAAGAUCAAUGUUGCCGGAAAGCAUGUUGUGGGCGAAGCCGAUCUUGCAAACAUUGACAGGUUGCUCGCCGCCAUCGAGGAAACAUACACCGUCCUAGCCGCAGUAGUGUCGCGUCUGCCUCUCCGGAAUCUUUACCUUGCCCUGACACGUAUUCACGCCUCUAUCGGGAGCCGGUCAGAAGCAUCACGACGGCAUGAAGGGUCAUGGCCGCUUUGGGAUCCGUAA